AAGAGAAGGGAAUUAAAACGACAAUGCAAAUUUUCGUCAAGACUCUUACUGGAAAGACUAUUACUCUCGACGUCGAGUCCUCCGAUACGAUCGAGAACGUGAAGGCUAAGAUUCAGGACAAGGAGGGAAUUCCCCCAGAUCAGCAGCGUCUGAUUUUCGCUGGAAAGCAGCUUGAGGAUGGCCGCACCCUCUCUGACUACAACAUUCAGAAGGAGUCGACCCUGCACUUGGUGCUCCGUCUGCGUGGAGGUGGUAAGGUGCACGGUUCUCUGACUCGUGCCGGAAAGGUGAAGAACCAGACUCCCAAGGUCGACAAGCAGGAGAAGGCGAAGUCCCACGUGGGUCGCGCUAAGAAGCGAGAGCAGUACAACCGCAGAUAUGUAAACGUUGUGUUGGCUCCUGGCGCGAAGAGAGUGGGUCCCAACAACUUUGCUGCCCGUCAGGCUCGUGCCGAGGCUGCUGCCAAGAGAGAAUAAGAUGUGUUACUAUUGAGUGCUUGCU